GUUGCGGCAUCAGGGUGUCUGGUGGCUACUCCAGGAAACAUGGCCAAGUUUGCCCUGAAUCAGAACCUGUCUGACCUGGGUGUCUCCAGCACGUGUCCCGGCCCAGUUGGGGGCGCCCGCCGCCUGAGCUCGCCCUACGUGGUGGAGACGCCCUACGGCUUCCACUUGGACUUGGAUUUUCUUAAAUAUGUGGAGGAGUUGGAGCGCGGACCCUUAGUCCGCUGCGUCCCACACGUGGAGGACACGCUCCUGGAGACUGGUAGACGUCAGGAGCUGGUGCAGGCACAGGAGCACGAGCGCAGCCCUGGAGGUUCCAACAGCAGCUGCCCAGCCCCAGGCUCCGUCCCCAAUCUCGCCCCUGCCUCACCGGGCCCUGGGCAACUGCAGCUGGUGCGUGAACAAAUGGCGGUGGUACUGCGGCGUUUGCGCGAGCUCGAGGACCAGGCGCGUACGCUGCCCGAGCUGCAAGAGCAGGUGCGAGUGCUGCGUGCGGAGAAGGCGAGGUUACUGGCUGUGCGCGGGCAGCCAGAAUCUGAAGUGGAGGCCGAUGCGCGCCCCGACAAGCUUGCACAGCUGCGGCGGCUCACGGAACUCCUGGCGACUUCGGAGCGGGGCGUUCGCGCCAGGGCCCGACCCCAGCCAGAUGGCCCUGACAUGGAGGCUACAAGGUGUGGCGAGGACGCACUGGAGGUCCUCGACGGGGCAGCGGGUACCUCCGACUGGACGCCCGGAACACGGGAGCCUGGAACCCAGGCCGUCCUGGGGAUGCAAGAAGAGGGAGUCCAGGCAGUGCCAGAGACCCGGGAGGCCAGCGUGCAAGCGGCCCCCAAGACCCUUGAGGUGGACGUGUGGGUAACCGAGGCGUUGCUGGGGCUGCCCCCUGCCGCCGAGCGCAAGCUAGAGCUGCUGCACACCAGCCUGGAGCCCCAAUUUGGGGUGAGCGAGGCUGCGGGGGAGGAGGCAGCAGCCCAGUCUCAGCUGUUCAAGGCUGCCACCCAGACCCUGUGGGAUUGUGUCGAGAAAGCCACGCAGACCGAGCCCCUCGCGGAAGCACCUUCCCUGACACAGAGCCCGUCUGAACUCACAGAUGGGGACAGGACCAUGGCGCCCGCGGGCAUCCUCAAAUCUAUCAUGAAGAAGAGAGACGGACCACCUAGCGACCAAUCCAGCCCCGGACCCAAGAGCCUGCAGUUUGUCGGGGUCCCCAACAAAGAGUACGAAAGCUCAUCCAGUGAGGAAGACAGUGACAGUGAGGAUGGUGUUGCCGAGCCCCUGAGGAGCAGCACCUGUGGUUUCAGGGACAACAGCGGCUCGGGAUCCGACUCCGGAACCCCUAGUCCUUCCAGCAGCGGGGUCGCCCAGGACCCCGAGCCAGAGACGGAGGCAGAGCCUCUGCCGGGUGCGCAGGGGAGGUGCGAAAUGAGCCCGCGAUUGAGGGAGGCGUGCGUAGCGUUGCAUCAGCAGCUGAGCCAGCCCGGUGGAGUUGCCUGCGAAGGCGGUGCGGCUCGCCUGGUGGCCCUGGAGUGGUUUCAAGUGUCGAGCCAGCGACAUUCACGGGUGGAGGUUGUAGCCAGCGUCCUGGGUGAGGUGGCACGCCUGGGACCCGAGCUGCUGGAGCACGUGGUGAACCUGGUGGAUGGCAAUGGAAACACAGCCCUGCACUACAGUGUGUCCCAUGGGAACCUGGCCAUCUCCAGCUUGCUGCUGGAUACUGGGGUCUGCAAAGUUGACUGUCAGAAUCAAGCAGGCUACUCAGCCCUCAUGUUGGCUGCACUCACCUCUGUUGGGCAUGAGGACAUGGCUGUGGUCCAGAGACUCUUCCAAAUGGGCAAUGUCAAUGCCAAGGCUAGUCAGACAGGGCAGACAGCCCUCAUGCUGGCCAUUAGUCAUAGCCGACAGGAUAUGGUCAUAGCCCUGUUGGCAUGCGGGGCAGACGUCAAUGUGCAAGAUGUAGAUGGAGCCACAGCGCUGAUGUUUGCCAGUGAGUACGGGCGCCUGGAAACCGUCCAGUUGCUGCUGGCCCAGCCAGGCUGUGAUCCUGCCCUCCUGGAUAAUGAGGGCACCAGUGCCCUUGCCAUGGCCCUGGAGGCUGAACAGGAUGAGGUAGCUGCUCUGCUGCAUGCCCACCUGAGUUUGGGCCAGCCUGGUCCCCUGUCAUUCCCUGACUCUCCCACGGCCAUGCCUGGUCAAAGAGGAAGCAGUGACAAUGGAGAGGACCACCAGUCUCAGUGAGUGGCCUCAAACAAUGGAC